UCUCAACACAUUAGGUUAACAUUUUGCUCCUGGGCUAAAUCACCUGUUGAUUUUAAUUUUGUUCCCAUUUUUGCUGGACUUCCUUUUUAUUUUUUAAAAUGUCCCACCCUAGCAGUCUAGAUUUAGACAGAUACAACAGCUCGCCGAAACCUCGUCGCUCUACCAGUCAUAACCAGUCCAGGUCCACGGUCAAGCCCGGGGAUGUCGUGUGUGACUUCUGCACAACAAGGAAGCAGAAGGCUGAGAAGUCCUGCUUGGUGUGCCUGGCAUCUUACUGCGAGACCCACGUCCAGACUCACUAUGACUACCCUGCCCUGAUGAAGCACAAGCUGGUCAAAGCUACGGGUCAGAUGAGAGAGAAGAUCUGUGCACAGCAUGACAAGUUGUUGGAGGCUUUUUGUCGCACUGAUGAGACAUCGGUGUGUGUUUUAUGCAUGAUGGAUGAACACAAACACCACGACAUCGUCCCAGCCGGAACUGAGAGGACUGAGAAACAAAAACAACUUGGAACCACACUGCACAAAUCUCAAACUAGGAUUGACCAGAGAGUUAAAAAGUGGCAGGACCUCCGACAAGCCGUUGACUCAGUUAAACACUCGGCUCAAACUGCUCUCGAGGAGAACGAGCGGAUCUUCUCUGAGCUUCUGCUUUCCAUCGAGAGGAAAUACAAUGAAGUCAAAGAGAUGAUAAGAUCCCACGAAAAGUCCACUGUGACGCGGGCCGAUAUACUGCUGGACCGCUUGGAGGAAGAGAUCACUCUGCUGAGGAAGAAACACACGGACCUGGAGAAGCUCUCACACACAGAUGAUCACAUACACUUUCUGCAGAGCUGGCAGUCUCUGUCAGGCCCCUCAGGAUAUGAAGACCUCAACAACAUCAGUGUCGCUCCCAAUUACUCCUUUGACACCACCAAGAGAGCAAUCGCUGCACUGAAAUUACAAGUAGAAGAAGUCAGCAAGACAGAAAUGAGCAAAAUCUCAGGAGCAGUGAAGGAUGUCUACAUCACGCAAGAAGUUGAGACGAAGACAAUGAGAGAAUCAAUUUUGAAGGAAGAACCGAGAACAAGAGAGGAACGGAGGACAAGAGAGGAACCGAGGACAAGAGAGGAACCGAGGACCAGAGAAGAACCGAGGACAAGAGAGGAACCGAGGACAAGAGAAGAUUUCCUGAAAUACUCUUGCCAGCUGAGUCUGGAUGUCAACACUGUCCAUCGCAACCUUCACCUUUCUGAGGGUAACCGAGCAGCCACGAUGAAGAGUGAGCCCAAGAACUACCCUGAACACCCAGACCGAUUCGAAGACUGGCAGCAGGUGUUGUGCAGGGAGAGUUUGACUAGUCGUUGUUACUGGGAGGUGGACUGGAGGGGAACAGAGAUAGACAUGGCCGUUACCUACAGGGGAAUCCGCCGUAAAGGAAAUAGCAACGAAUGCAGCCUGGGUUGGAACGACAAGUCCUGGAGUCUGUACUGCUCAGACUCCAAAUUCUCCUUUGUGCACAACAAUAAGAGCAAAGAUAUUGCAGCUCCAAUGGCAUAUCGUAUCGGCAUCUACCUGGAUUAUGCAGCAGGAACACUCGCAUUUUACAAUGUUUCUGAUGGCAUGCAGCUUCUGCACAGGGUCCAGACUGCAUUCACUCAGCCCCUCUACCCUGCAUUCAGUGUGUGGGGCUUCGGUACUAGUAUCAGGCUGUAA